GUGUUGUGUGGAAGAUGAGUUAAAUGUUUUUGCGCAGUGCCUAUUGUUUGCGUUGACUUUAUUGUUUGUAUUACACCAGUUGUAAGAGAACGUGAAAUAUGGUGCGAACGAAGGCUACCAGUCUUACCGUUAGAACCUCUGGCGGGAAAGCACCUCGAAAGUUUACUGCUGCUGCCCCUAUGUCAGUUUCCAAUGGAGCACAAAGUAAAACUUACUCAGGUGGGAACCCAUACCAUCCACGUGAGACACCUAAUUGGCAGAAACCGAUCACGACAUUUUUUAAUCAACCUUUUACAAAUUCCGAUGGGGCAUUGUCUUCGACCGGUAUUAACGAUACAUUACAUUCAAAACACUCCGAUGCUGGGCCAUCAUGCAGCAAUCAGGUGUCAUCUUCUAAGGAACAAGUAGACUACGAGUCACAGGUAACAGACAAUGAAACCGAAAACAAAGCUGGGAGCGAACCUGAAAAUGAGACUGAAAUGGAAAAACAGCGCUAAACUGGAGUUGCAACAAAUAAGACUGUGAGAGAACUCAGUAUUGUUACAAAAGCAUCGUCAACGAAUACCUCUUAUAUAAUAAGAUUUAAUUGCGCGUACUUAAGAAUUUCGAGCAUUCCAGGACAUUUAGGUGUAAGUUUGAGUGAAAUUUCUGUCGAUAACGUUACCAUGUUUUAAUCAGUAGUUAUAGCGACGACCAAAAUGUCAAGGGCAAGUGGGUCCAGCGAAGCGAAGUGAAUCGAACAGGCCAAUUCGUGCGUUUUAAGGGACUCUUUAUUUACUCAAUUCCGUUCUUAUACAAAAAACACCUGACAAACGUGUGCGAUCCGCUCGCCUGCUCCAGACGUAAGUUGUCGCAAUUGUGAUAAAGAAACGAAGUGCCGCCAACGGUAAUAAAAAGAUGUAUUUUU